GUAGAAAAUAAAAGGUGUUUCUUCGUUGAUGUGUUUCAAUUUGUGUAAUUUGCUCUAAAGAACAGUUAAAGUUUACAUUAUCGCUAAGUGUGGUCUGAAAAUAAGUGUAAUUUUAAAGUUUUUGGUAAAGAAAUUAACAAAUUUAGGUUAAUAUGCCAAAAGUGUUGGAGGUUUGUGUAGACAGCUUCGAAUCAGCAGUUACCGCUCUAGGUGCUGGUGCAGGUCGAUUAGAAUUGUGUAGCUCACUGAUAGAGGGCGGUCUUACACCAACCCCCGGUCUUUUAAUUCAAAUUCAACAUGCAAAUUCCGCUAAAGUUCCCAUAUACUGUAUGUUGCGAUGUCGACCUGGGAAUUUUAUUUAUUCCCAAGAAGAAAUCGAAAUUAUGGUUGAAGAUGCAAAGAUUUUAAAGCAACGUGGCGCGGAUGGGUUUGUUUUUGGGGCCCUUUUGCCAAAUGGAGAUGUUGACAUGAAAAAAUGUCGAGAAAUUAUUAAAGCCUGCUUCCCCUUGUCUGUGACAUUUCACAGAGCGUUCGAUUUCUGCAGAAGGCCCACAAUAGAAGUCGAAGUUGUCAUUGAUUUGGGAUUUACCCGUUUACUAACCAGUGGUCAACAAAAGAAUGCCCAGCAAGGGGUGAAAUUGAUCAAAAAACUUAUUGAUCAAGUAGGAAACAGAAUCAUAAUUAUUCCCGCUGGUGGAAUUACAAAGGAUAAUUUGAAAUUUAUUAUCGACAACACCGAAGCUACGGAAUAUCAUGGUUCAUUUAAGGUUGAAAAGAAGGAAGAAGAAGAGGGCGAAAAUAAAGAAAGCGAAAUUGUUCUAGGUCUAAAAAAUGGUCCUCGAUACGUAACUGAUCAUGAAUUGGUCGCGGAAGCUCUUCAAAUACUCCGAUCAGAAUAAAUGACAUAUUUUUUCAAAAAUAUAAAAAAAUUGUAUUUUCAAGAGUUGCUAUUUUUUUCUCACAUUUUUCUAUUAGAAAUGACUGAUAUCAUUUAAGACUUUUAAAUUUAAUAAGGAUAUAUGUAUUGCAUGAUCUUUCAUUCAGUGUGUGUUUAAGUACCUAUAGGUACAAUUGAAAUCAAUUAAGUUUAAAAAUUCUUAAUGGUUUUACGUUUAGCCCAAUAACUACCGUAAAACUUAUAAAAUACUAUUGUACUUUCGUCUCAGUAUAAUUCAUU